AUGGCCUUUGGCCGUUCGGGUCGUUCAAAGAGAUCCUCAUCUCCAAAACCACCGCCAAAGCCACCGCGUCCCAAUCAGCGAGAGGGCGCAAUAGGGGCACCACAGAAGCAUGUCCAUCAUCCGUAUGCGUCGCCAAUGGGGACAUACUCAGUCAACACAUUUCACACACCUACAGUCCCCUAUAAUCCAAAUAUGACAAUGUCUACGGUUUAUCUACAACCUCAGCCACCAUCACAGUCACUCCAUCCUUCCCCAGGAACCGCUCAAAACAGUCCGCCAUGGAACUCUCAACCACCGAAACUUCCAAAAUGGACGUCAUGUACGAGCCUGAACCAAUCAAUGACCAGCUUAGUAUCGCAUACAGUCGAAAAGACCAAUGCCACGAUUCACGAUCUCGAGAACUUGGUCCAUCAGAGUUUAGGUGGUGGUGCAAACGUCAAGGAGGCUACAUCGCGGUUAUUAGAUCAAGUCAUCACUUCGAUCGACCUGGGGUCGUUUUUUGCUGCAUGUACAAUUCCUUUCCAAUCAGACGAGAAGAGAGAUCGCCGAUCACAGCGAAAAGAGCAGAAGAAGCCAACAGGGUCUGUGGAUUACUUCUCCAAGGUGUAUCUAUAUGCCAAUUCACGAUUACCACCUCAUUUAACACCACUGAAAUUCUAUCCUCCUACAUAUCCCCUCCUCCAACUCGCAGCCAAGUACUCGCGCCGGGUCUACGACAAGCCCUCCGGCCAUGAACGGCAUUCAUAUGUGAAUUCAGACUGGCUACAUGGUACCAAAGCCAUGGUGGUCAAGUCACUACCAAUCGACGACAUGAACACGAUUGUCUUCGCCAUACGUGGUACACAGAGUUUCCUGGACUGGGCCGUGAACGUUCAUACAGCGCCAACUCCACCCACAGGCUUUCUAGACGACCCAACCAACUGCUGUCACUCGGGGUUCUUAUCCGUGGCCCGAAAGAUGGUUGCCCCCGUCGCAGCCCGACUACGUAAUCUUCUCGAAGAAGAUCCCUCACGCAUGUCCUAUUCGCUAGUCUUCACUGGCCACUCCGCAGGCGGUGCAGUCGCCAGCUUGCUAUAUCUACAUCUCCUAUCCGAAUCACCGACCGUGCAAUCCGAACUCACUCAUCUCCACGGCUGCUUUAAGCACAUUCACUGUGUUACAUUUGGUGCUCCGCCCAUAUCUCUGCAUCCGUUGCAGCCGUCUCCUGCUGCCCGGGCAUCAAAGUCCAUCUUCUUUGCUUUUAUCAACGAGGGUGAUCCGGUAUCCCGUGCGGACAAGGGCUACUUUCUCUCGUUGCUAGAUCUGUAUGUUUCACCCGCACCGGGGUCACUACUAGCCUUGUAUGAUAGGAAAAAGAGAUCUGCUCCUAUCUAUUGGAGGACCCCGUCUUCAGAUCUGUCGCUCGCUGGUCGGCUUGUUCUUCUUCGUCCGCGAGACCAGUUGAGUGGCCGUCCUGUGUUUACAGCGCCGCCCGUCCCUGGUGGGCCCCCUGCACUGCCACCGCGGGAAAAUGUAGAUGCCUGCGGGAUUACAGAUCCUGAGCUCCGAGGAGUGGUCUUUGGGGACCCCGUUAUGCACUUUAUGGACUUGUAUUCCCGUCGCAUCGAUGACUUGGCCAGAGGUGCCUUGAGCAAACGAUCGUGA